AUGUCCUCUCCCCUUGCAGCAGGGUCGGAUGAUCGUCCACCUACUUCACCUACUUCACCUAGAUCACCUCGACCCAUCACGAAUCCAGGAGAUGGGAGUGCUACGGACGGUAUAGCGCCAGGAACUAUACGUCCAGGUACGAUGAAUACACUUCCACCUGAAUUACUACUGCAACAACAACAGCAACCUCCGAGACCAAAUUUGACUUCAAUGUUAUUCUUAAGCGCCUUCUUCUUUUUCAUGAGCGGUAAUAAUCAUCCUCAAAAUACAGGAAUAGAGAUUGGUCCAGAUGGGAAUCUGAAAUUUAGAAUGAGUGAACUAGAUCACGCUAAGCAGAUAAGAGAUGAAUGGGUCGGUCUCGUACAUGGGAAUCAAACGUUGUUGGCUAAUUACACUUUGCCACCUACACCAUCAAUACAACCUUCGACCCUCCUUCCACCUGAAUAUCACUAUGAUCCAACACGUCAUCAAUUCUAUAAUAACAUCACGGGGUUCUUCCGCUCUUCGACACUUCAUCCUCUUUCAGUCUCCCCAUCAUCAUCAGCAUCGUCGUCGUCAUCUUCCACAUCUGAUAUAGAAGGGUAUUGGAGACAUCUGGAUCAUAUACCGGAUUUUAAUCUGACGGGACAAUGGAACGAAACGCUCUCAGAUGAAUUAAGGGGGAAAUGGGAAUGGAAUAAUACCGUUAAAUGGGAUAUGAAUUUGAAGGAACGUAACAUCUCAACAUUGUCUUCAACUUAUAGUAAAUCGGGAGACGAAGAUUCACUCAAAGAUCCUGAAGAUGUAGAGAAACAGAUGGAGACAGAGAGGGAUAGAUUUAAAGAUUGGUCUUGGAUAAAAGGCUCGUUAACACUGACAUCUACACCUUCUCCAUCUUCAAAUUCAGGUUCACAAUCACGUUCGAAUUCAAGCGAAAACCCCACAGAACAAAGUAUGAAUUAUGAUUUCCUAGGUAUACAUUAUAAACCUAAUGGAACAUACAACAUUAUUGGCUUACCUGAAGGAAUGAGGAUUGAUAUUCGAAAAUUACCAUUUUUAUGGAAAGAUGAAUCCAAUAUCAAUCAGACUAAAGAGAUCGUUUUGAGGGAAUUGGAGAAUGAAGUUAAGAAAUUGGAUGGGAAUUUAAUGGUUGGUGAUUUAAGAGACGACGAUGUAUCAGAACUCACCACUUGUCCACUCUUAAUCCACCUGACACUCCCUCCCAUCCCCUCGACCAUCUCAAAGCAAGAAUUAGAUUUCUACAAUUCCGAAAUCCAAUUUCCAACAGGAAUCAAAGCUUCUCUACCUAUUCCUCCUGCUUAUUGGCAAGUCGGAAAAGGGCUGGGAGGAGUCAUCAUAGCAGAUCAAUGUGGUUGGAUAAUGGGUAUUGAAGGUGGUAAAGGUAUUGGUAUUGAUGACUUCUGGGAUAGGAGCGUUAGCUACGCCGCCUUUGCUACACUCUCCCAACUACUCGUACUACUCUUACUAGUCCGACAGAUGGAACGUACUCGUACCCCAUCAACAUUGGCGAAAGUCUCGUUAUACACUAUAAUCAUUAUGUCCAUUACGGAUUCAUGGGUUUUCUCAGCCCAUGUCGUAGUUGGUAUCAUGAGUGAUAACAAAUCUAGUUUACCUAUGUUGGUUCCUGGAUUUAUGUGCUUAUGUACAGCUGUUGUCUUUGGUCCGAGAUACGCAGUUCUACUACACAGGAUACAAGCUCCCGAGAGAUCAAGUCCUGCUCCGAUCCCACCGCGGAUAACUCCAACAGUACCCGCAGCACAGAAUGGUGCUCACGAUGGAUCUCCAACGACGCCGAACCUGACCACAGCAAUGACUGAUGUUCCCACGACUAGAAUACCAGCAGUCGUCCCUGCCCUUCGAGGCAUAUUCACCGAACAUCCUCUUCUGAGAUGGCUAGCAAUCCUUGCUGUACUGUUCUGCUUCCUUCAAUUCGCAUUCUUGCCUUCCGUCAUACCAUUCUUCCUAUUUGCUUUAUACUCCUUUUGGGUACCUCAGAUAUGGCGAAAUGCGAGGAGAGGUACAAGUAGAUCGAUGGAUGCUUGGUUCAUCAUAGGGACGACAUUAGGUAGAUUGGCUUUGCCGCUGUAUACGUUCGCGUAUUCUGAGAACGUAUUUUUUAUCGAGAAAUCUCGUUGGAUUUGGGUAAUUGUGUGGUGGCAAUUUGCUCAAGUCACUUUAUUAUUUGCUCAAGAAAGAUUCGGACCGUCGUUCUUCCUACCAAAAUCACUCUCUCCGCCUGAAUCAUACAACUACCACCCGCUCAUACCUACCUCCUCCGAAGAUCCAGAAUCCGCAUCUACAUCUCUGUUGCUAUUAGGUGAUGGGGAAGAAGAGAAGACGUGUUCUAUCUGUAUGGAGCAGGUCGAUCUUUCGAAUUCAACCCAUUCGUCCUCCGCAGGUAUCAGUAUAAGUGAUAAAAGAAGAAAUUACGCUUUGGCCCCCUGUGGUCAUUUGUUCCAUACCAAUUGUCUGAGUCAAUGGAUGGCUGUUAAAACUAUAUGUCCACUUUGUAAGAGAAGUUUACCGCCCCUAUGA